AUGGCUCCAGCCACCAUUAUCGGGGGCCUGCUGGGCCUCGGCGUGCAACUCUACUGCAACGCCGUGCGCAAGCUGCCCUUGAUGCGCAACCCCUGGGAGCACGUCCUCUUCAUCGGCGCUGGCGCGGCCUUUGGCAACUGGCUGGUCGACUUUGAGGAGAGGACGGCACUGGAGCUCAAGGAGGUCCUGGCUAAGAGGGAAGCUGCCUUCAACCACUCAUCAGCGGAGCGGGAUGCCUGA